AUGGGAUGCGAACCGGUGAAACUUGAUUUCGACGACAAAGUCGAAAGCCGGAGCACGGAGGAGCUGGUAUUGUCUCUGCGGCGAGAGUUCCAAUUGUCGAAGUUCCAGUCCAUGGCCUCAAUUCUGGCCUGCGGAGAGAAGAAGCUGAAGCUGGAGAUCGAAGCCAAAGUGGAGGAUCUCAAGAAGGUGAGGUCGGAAAAGGUGAGAUUGGAAGAUGAGCUCAAACGUUGCAAAGAGGAGUGCUCGAUUUUGAAGCUGCAGCUAGAGGCAAAGAAGGAAAUGGAGCUUCGCGUUACUAAGUUCGAGGGUUGCGAAGAAGACGUUGAGACAGGGGAAGUCCAAGAACAGCCUCCGGAGGAUCGUGGCGAGAGUGUUCGGUUGACGGCGGAGGGAAACGGAAUUGCUAAUGCUUCAAGUUGUUUCUGA